AUGGCGACCUCAGACCCGGACCCACAGCCGCUGCGCUCCUUCUCCAAACUGGCUCGCCCCCCAGCUUCCGCUUCCGCCUACCCAGCAGCACGCGCACGCGCAGUGACCAGGAUAGCGCCAGAGGGGGCGCCGAGCUACGGGUGCCGGAACGGUAGCUCAGCGACUUGUCUGCUCUUGGGAGCCUCUGGCGUAGGUAAGAUGCUGCUGUAAAGGAGGCGCUCAAAGGUGAGCGCCCACGACUGGAAGGGCUACCUGGGUGACCCUUCCCCGACACGUCCCACAAAUGGGCACCGAUUUCACCGACAUCUGGUCCAGAGACAACUCACCAUCAGGGAGCUGGGGGCGUGCAUGGGCCCCAUUUGGCCCAGUUACUACGGAAACUGCUGCGCUCUCCUAUUCGUGCUGGACGCCUCCGACCCCACACAGAUCUCUGGGUCCUGUGCGCACCUCCUGGGUCUCCUUUCCGCGGAGCAACUUGCAGAAGCCUCGGUCCUGAUACUCUUCAAUAAAACCGACCUGCCCUGUUACAUGACCGUAGAGGAGAUGAAGUCGUUAAUGAGGCUCCCAGACAUCAUUGCCUGUGCCAAGAAGAGCAUCACCACGGUGGAGAUCAGCGCCCAGGAAGGCACUGGCUUGGCAGGGGUGCUGCGCUGGCACCGGGACACCCACAGAGCCAGCCGCUGA